UGGUAGGACCGUAGAGACGGAUACAGCGGGUAGCAAGGGAUGCUGGAUAAAGGCCGGGAUGCUUGGUAAAGGUUACCUCUAGAGGUUUCACGGAGACACACGGCACGCACGAUCAUAAUAUUAUAACCUAGCCAUGUACGACUUGUGCGUGAUUGGAGCGGGACUAAUUGGAUCAGCGGCGGCUCGACACGCCUCCCAGCAAAACGGAACUAAAGUUUGUCUCAUAGGACCGGAGGAACCACAGGAAAGGAGCCUUGAAUCCACAAGGGAGAUAUUUGGCGCACAUUACGAUGAAGGGCGGAUUACAAGGUGCUCUGAUCCUGACCCAGUGUGGGCCGCAUUAGCGCAGAGAUCUGGAGACUACUUCCGCUUCUCGCUAUACCAUUUCAUAGAUGAGGGACGUAUCUCUGGGAUAUUGGUUACUUGUUCCUUUAAGUCAUAUCAACAGCCAGAGUCAUUUGAGAACGUGCAAGAUUUGGUUACUGGAGGGACGCGUAAAUUCCCGCAGAAAAAACUACAGACCUGCGGCCAGUACCUGGCAACAUUUCCCUGUACGCCUCGUAACCGCGACCCAGAGGUGAGAGGCGUUGCAUUUUACAUGGAGACUGGUUGUCUGAUGGCUGGUAAAGCCCAAGGACAUUUCAUGUCACAAACGCGGGAUACAGUUUCGUCCCAAAGUAUUAAACAUGAAUAUCUCAACCCGGAAAUGCUUAAAAAACGUUUUCCCUACCUGAACCUGUCAAGGACAGACGCCGCAAUAUAUGAACAGACCAGAUCCGGCUACAUCAAUCCUAGAGCUAUGAUUAAUGCACAGAAACGGGUGGCAAUGAAUUUUCAAUGUGACGUCAUCGAUGACGUUGUCUGUAAGAUCACGAAAGAACAAAUGAACGGAACGAUUUUCAUGUCCGUGCUGACUGAAGGUGGUCGGAAGAUUGUAUCACGUCGGGUUCUCCUUGCCACGGGCUCUUUUACGACAUUUAGAGACCUUCUGUGGACUGAAACAGAACCGGAUGUAACGCUCUGUCCGCUUACCGUAGCCAAGGUCGAGGUCAAUGAAAAUGACGUCAAGCACUUAGAGAAUAUGCCGUCCAUCCUCUACUAUGGUCAAGGUGCACCAGACUGGCCUGAAAAUUAUCCACGCAAUUCCACAAACCUUAUAGGUAUAUAUGUACUCCCACCCAUCAAGUACCCGGAUGGUAAACAUUAUAUAAAGCUUGGUAAUUUUGCGGACUCCGUGUCUCAGCGUUUGACGACCCUUGCGGAGGUGAAAGCGUGGUACUGUGGCGACGGCAAGUCCUCUUUAGCAACAGAAUCUGCGCGGCUGAUCACCGCCAUGACGAAAGAUAUCAAGGCAAAGUCUUAUCAUGGUGACCAAUGCGUGAUUCUGGAGACUCGAACAGGUCACCCCUAUAUCGACCUUGUCCAUUCAGGAAUCGGUGUGGCAAUCGGAGGCAAUGGUUAUGCAGCAAAAUCCGGCGAUGAGAUCGGACGGCUUGCCGCCAUGUUGGUUCUGCGUGGUGUCUGGGACUCGGAUAUUCCGGCGGAAACAUUCAAACUUCGACUUAAGCCACGAAAGAAACCACAAUCCAAAAUAUAAUGUUCAUAUAUCUUAUUUUGGCUGAUACGCGUUUCCUACUUUCGGA